AUGUCCCACCAAUUUCGCUCCCCCUCUUCCUUCUCUCUCUUCCUUCAUCGUGGGAAGAAGGUUGCAGACAUGGACAUGGAGCAGCCCAAACCCAGAUUUGUAAUCUCCGCGUCGGAGGCCCAAUCCCAUUCCUCUCCCGCCGCCAAACUCCUUCCCUCCCUCGUCUCCCCCGCCCAGGCCCUUGCCCGGCCCCCCAUCUCCAACUUCCCUGUCGCCGCCGUCGGCCUAGGGGCCUCUGGCCGCAUCUUCGUCGGCGUGAACGUUGAGUUCCCGGGCCUCCCCUUCCACCACACCAUCCACGCCGAGCAGUUCCUCCUCACCAACCUCUCCCUCCACGGCGAAACCCGGCUGGACUCUUUCGCCGUCUCCGCCGCCCCCUGCGGCCACUGCCGCCAGUUCCUCCAGGAACUCCGCGACGCCCCCGACAUCCAAAUCCUGAUCACCUCCCACACCAAUCCUCACUUCACCCCUCUCUCCCACUUCCUCUCCCACCACUUCGGCCCCCACGAUCUUCUCCCGAAAACCGCCCCUCUCCUCUUGGAGCAUCGCCACAACGCCCUCUCUCUUCCCAUUCCCCAAAGCAACGACCCUAAUCUAAUGCUUCCGGCCUUGGAAGCGGCCAACAACUCUCACGCGCCCUACAGCGCCUCCCCCUCCGGCGUGGCGCUUCUUGACUCCAAAGGGAAUGUUUUUAAAGGCUCUUACAUUGAGUCUGCUGCUUAUAACCCCAGCUUGGGACCGCUUCAGGCCGCCCUGGUGGCCUUCAUUGUCGGCGGCGGCGGUGACUAUGAUGAGAUUGUGGCGGCGGUGUUGGUGGAAAAGGAGGGUGCGGUGAUCAAACAGGAACCCACGGCGAGGUUGCUGCUCCAUUCCAUUUCCCCUCGCUGCCACUUGAAGGCUUUUCUUGCCACCUCUUGUCACCUUCCUCAUUCAACCUGA